UGUGUUCAGCUUACCUUUACCAAUAAAGUAUAGUGAUAAAUACAGUGACAAAAUGUGUAGCAAAUAUGUGGUGCUCUCGCUCGUUGUGGUUUUGUGUUAUGUGUACGAUACAAGUGGACUUAUAGAAGAUGGGGGUGACCAUAACACCCUCACGGUUGAACCUGAAAAGAGUCAACCCAACGCAACGGAAAGAACUGGACGAUUUCUGCAGAAGGAGUGCAGCAAUAUGUUCAGUUCUAAGUGCUUGAAACUCCACGUGCUGUCCUUCUUGGAGGAUCUGAGCUCUCGCGAUGAGCUCGCCCUCUUCCCAGGAUUAAGCAUCGUGAAGGAGAACGUGUCAGGAGUAUUGAGUCCUGAAGAAAUGGCUGCGGAACUUUCGAGGCAAUUUCCUGGGAAGCCAGAAGAGAAAUUGAAUAGGUACUUGCUGUACCGCCUCCAGAAUUAUCUGGACGGUCACUCCUUGAAGUAUAAGCUGUUGGAUCCUCAGACGACUAAGGAGGCCAUGGAGAUGACGAAGGGUGACCAGGCCAGCGCUAGAGGAAAGGGCGGCGGCGGCGGCGGCGGUGGCGGUUUUGGCGGCGGCAAGGGUGGUGGUGGCGCCCUCUUGGCAUCUGCUUUGAUGAUGAAAGGUGCCCUCGGCGCUGCAGCCCUUGGAGCGCUGGCCCUUCUCGCAGGCAAGGCUUUGAUGACAGCUCUGAUGUCUCUCUUGCUCUCCGCCCUCGUCGGCCUUAAGGGCCAUGGAGGCCACAAGUCUACAACCUACGAGAUCAUCACCAAGCCAGAAGUCUCCCAUCACCACUCCCACAGCCAUGAAGAACACCAUGAGCAUGAGCAUGGUCACCAUGGAGGGUACAGGAGAGCGUAUGAUAUGAAUUACAACAGUUACAUGCCAUAUGAUACCACCUCUAGUUAGAAUUUGUUCAACAGAUCCACGCGUCACUAAAUGGCCGAUGUUUAAAGAUCGGCGCUUACAAGUGACAAGCAAACUUUUCUGAAUUCGUUAAAAAUCGCAUUUAAGCUUAAGCUACUAUAACAUUAAAAGGAAGAAAUUUCGACAUAAACUACGCUUUUCUGAAUAGAAUUUUACAGUAGACAGAGUGAGGACCAAAAAAAAGAAGUUGAAAUUAUUAGGGUCGUGAGCAAGCAUUGCUUAUACUCUCUAUAAAACUUCCAGCCAUAAGCCUUACUCUUCAGUAAUAUUAUGGUCACCAUUGUCAUUAUUUUGUUUAUGUGAAAAAGCUUGUAAUGGCAAAUCCAAAUAUGUGACGAUAUUGAUUGUUUAAAUUUUGGUUAUCAUGACAAAAAGAUUUAAAUAGAUUCUUUGUUAAAAAUAU